UAUCCAUUUGUUUUUUUACAAAUUGACAAAAAGUUGAAAGAACAACAUUUUAGACAUGUUUCUUUUGAAACGUUAAAUGAUUUAUGUUUUAUAAUGUGUAGCUGACCGUGUUUUAUGAGCUUGUCUCCAAUAUUGAAGAGGAAGUUGAAUCUCCAGAGGUUCAUUUUGAGCCACUGGUUCAGCUUAAGCCAGUUGAGGUUAUUACAAUGGAGGAGGAGGAGGAAGAAUUGAUUCAAAUGAGAGCCAAGCUGUUCCGUUAUGACAAUUCACUCGAUCCACCAGAGUGGAAAGAACGUGGCACGGGAACAGCAAAGAUGUUGCGGCACAAGAAGUCAAAUCUUGUACGAGUUCUAAUGAGGAGAGACAAAACACACAAACUGUGUGCAAAUCAUUAUGUUCAGCCGGAGAUGGAGCUGAAGCCAAACUGUGGUAGUGACAAGGCUUGGGUAUGGACAACACAGGCUGACUUCUCAGAGGAUGAAUCCAGGCCUGAACUUCUCGCAAUUAGGUUCGCAAACGCUGAAAAUGCUCAGAAGUGGAAACAGGUAUUUACAGAUGCUCAGGACAUUAUGAAGGAAGCAAUACCAAAACACAAUGAACAAGUUUGCAAAGCCCCUGGAAGUCAACCUUUUCAGAAGGCAACAGAAGUGAGCAAGAAAGAAGAAGUCUCCACAUCUGGUUCUGGGGAUGUUACAACCAGUGCUAAAACGGAUUGCAUCAAGGAAGAUGCUGAGAAAGUGGCAGACAAGUUAGAAUCAUUGACUGUGAAAGACUCUGAGAAAAAGGCAGAAACGGACACAGUAAAGACUCAAGAUAACAAAACUGAUGAUGAAAAAUGUAUAAGUGUUGAGAAGGCUUGAUGGCAUUUUUUUAUAUAGGUUAUGUUGCGAACAUGCUUACUGUCCAAAAAGUGAUUUUGUUUCAAUUUUGUCAAGUAUCAACUGCUGAUUUUCUUAAUAAUUAUGAAGUUUUUUCAAGGAAUUAGGUCUAUACUUGCAAGUACUUCAGUUCAGAAAGCUGUUUUAUAUUAAAAUGAAGAAAUUCAAUUUUAUAACCUU